AUGCGCGAUGAGGGUAUAAUCAUGCUCUGCACCAACUAUGAACAGGCUAUCUGUCCUGGCAGUAUCACGGAACCUCUUACGAGUAGUAAUCCGAAGUCUGAAGAAGUCGGCGGGCCGCCGCCAACACCACCCUCGCAAAUAUUUGCAUGGGCAACUGGCGCCCGUGACGGCAAUUCCUUGUGGCGGGUAUGCCACGUUCCCAGAGAGAAGGGCGAGCCAACCAGAGGACUGCGAAUGUUUGAGUCUGUUGUUUAUCCAGGCCACUUCCUUCGCAUAGUUGGUGCCGGGGAAUGCGACAUCAUGGGCGACGGUGGAGUCCUCUGCUACUUUCGUGUCCAUCGCAACAAGGCCAAGGGGUUUGUCGUCCUGGAAUCUUUCGCACAUCCUGAUCUAUUUUUAUCUAUUUUAUCCAACGGCUCCGUAACGGCUAGUAACAAUGCGGAUGGGACCAACGGUGCCGACGUUUGUAUCUACCCAGAAGUUGUUGAAUUGGCCACUUCUAACUUUUUGGCCGUCAUCUACCAGACAUACCUGAUCCCAAGUGAUGCACCACCCGAUGCUAGAGCCUACUAA